AUGAACGCUGAGAUUAAACAUGGACUUCGCAAUUCUCCGAUUGCACAAUCCACCACGCUUGGUUGGAUUGUCUAUAGAGCUGUCACCGCUAAACACGCUUCCACGUCACACGCAGAAUUACAUGCGUCAUUAGACACAUCAUUACAAGACGCUAUCGCUAAGUUUUGGGAACAGAAAGAGGUUCCAUCAGGUAAUUCACCGCUCAACACCGCUGAGGAAGACGAAUGUGAAGUUCACUUUCGUCAAACGCAUUAUCGACAGCCUGAUGGACGCUAUGUAGUGAAAUUACCACUUAAAGCCCCCGAGAGUCAACUUGGCGACUCUAUCAACGCAGCCAUAGGGUCACUCUGCAGAUUAAUAAUUUGCCUGUCGCGAGAAAAAGAUUAUUCUGACAUGUACCGUGCGUUCAUGGCAGAAUACAUACAACUAGGACACAUGGUUCAAGUUCCAAUCAACGACUUGCCCGCAAACGCUUACUUCUUGCCUCACCAUGGGGUGUUGAAGCUUGAUAGCACCACUACGUAG